CUGUCAUACCGAGAUGCAGGUAGGGAUAAGUUAAAGAAAGAAAAGUGAUGGAUUGUCAGUUUUCACAGGGGAAGUAGCGAUUUCAUUUGCGUUACAAUGGGUAGAGGGAAAUAAACCAAGGAAAGUUUUAAUAGGGUCUGACUCCAGUAGCUCAUUAGUGGGCAUAACAAACAUGCCUGCUGAAUCUAGGUAAGAUGUGGUAGGAUUUUUGGGCACUCUAUACAGGUUAAGGAAGGUAGGAGUGGUGGUUCAGUUAAUUUGGGUUCCAGCACAUGUAGGGGUUGAAGGUAAUGAAAGAGCGGAUAGACAGGCGAAAUCAGCAACAGAGAAACCAGAGGUUGAGGUAAAUAUAAAAGGGAAACAUGUAGUGGGAAUAGGAAAAGAGAUGAUGUGAUCAGUAGAAUGAGAUUCGGGCAUACUGGGUUAAACAGACUAAACAAAUAUUAGGAAACCAUGAGACAGGAAGAUGUGAGUUUGGAACGGAGGAAACAGUAGAGCAUGUUCUGAUACACUGUUUAUUAUACAUACAGCAAAGAGGUAGGAUGACAGAGGCACUGAAAGGGGGAAAAGGAGGGACAGACUUGAAGAAGUUGUUAGAUUAGGAAACAGAGCAGUGCUUAGGUUUGUGGUGGUGACGGGGUUAGUGAGUAGGAUAUAGUUUGUUUGUUUGUUUGUUUCUUUGUUUUUGGGAUACUGUAUACUCUAACACAGAAGGUGGUGGUAAUGCACUACACAGUUUGCCAACCGCCAUUAAAACAACGCUGACGUGAAGCUCUUAUUACAACGUGUUACAUGUCACUGUGAACAAGGCUGGACUUUACACAAACCAAACAGGGCAAUGUCCACCCGAGUAGAGUGAGCAGCUGUCUUUAGCAUGAAGGUGCUGGACAACAUGGAGGUUUCCCCUCCACCCCCAGGUCUAGAAACAGAGUACGAGACUCUAUUUACCACUGAUGCCCUCCUUUUCCUCAGUGAGCUGAUUUCCACAUUUGAUAAAGAGGUGGAUAAGGUCCUGUGGUUGCGAGUGUCGAGAAAAGCCCAGCUGGACCUUUCAGGUGACCUGCCAAGCUUCCUGGAAGGCACCACUCACAUACGGACAGACCCAACCUGGAAAGUACUCCCGGUCCCACCGAGGCUCCAAAAGAGACAUGUGGAUAUAGGGGAUAUGGCUCCAUGUGACAGCCAGCGCUUCAUCAGAGCUCUGCAGUCUCGAGCACAAGGAAUACAGGUUGAUUUUGAUGAUGGAAACUGCCCGACAUAUUACAACCAGAUCAAAGGCAUUCACAACAUUGUUCAAGUGGUGCACAACCAGUUCCCCAAUGUUCCACCUAUAUCUCAAGCACCCGUACUGAUGCUGCGCCCACGUGCGUGGAACAUGGUGGAGCAUAAUAUGAUGGUACAAGGAAAGGAGGUUCCAGGCCCUCUCUUUGACUUUGGACUUCUCAUGUUUCACUGUGGAAAGAUGCUGUUUGACAACAAAAGUGGACCAUUCCUCUACCUGUCAAAAGUGGAGAGUUUCAUGGAGGCUAGACUGUGGAACAGCAUAUUUGUGUGGACACAACUAAAGCUGGGUCUUCCACUGGGCACCAUAAAGGCCACGGUGCUUAUUGAAAAUGUAUUAGCAACAUUUGAGAUGGAGGAGAUCCUCUAUGAGCUGCGAGAUCAUUCAGCAGGGCUCAACUGUGGCAUCUGGGAUUAUUCAGCCUCCUUUGUCAGUAAGUUUGGUCACCGACAGGACUUCCUGCUGCCUGACCGCAGUAAAUACGUCAACAUGGAGAAGCUCUUCCUGCACAGCUACAUGGACCUGUUGGUUCAGACCUGUCAUCGUCGGGGAGCUCUAGCCACAGGAGGCAUGGCUGCUCUGCUGCUGCCUCAGGACCCGCACUCUGACUCCUACAGGACGGUGCUGAGCUCUGUCAUCAGAAUGAAGUUGCUGGAGAUCAAGGCAGGUGUUGAUGGGUUCAUGGUGUAUGACCUGAGCUUGAUUGAGCCUAUGCAGAAACUCUUCCAGCUCCACACUAAGGGUGACAAUCAACUUCAGCAGCUUCGAAAAGAUGUUGCUGUAACUCCUGAUGACCUGCUGUCCAUGCCAUUGGGAGGGGUCACUCUUUAUGGGCUGAAGUAUAACAUUGCAGUUGGUGUCCUCUUCAUUGAUGCUUGGCUGUCAGGUAAAGGUCACUUCUUCUACAGAGGUCAAGUGGAAGAUUCAGCCACAGCAGAGAUUUCAAGAUCACAGGUGUGGCAGUGGAUCCGGCAUCAGGCUCGGCUGGAGGAUGACAGCAGGGUGGUGAGCAGGGCGCUGGUGACAGACCUCACCAGAGAGGUCAGGAUGGAACUCAGCUGUGGCUGCCACUCUGUGAGAGCUGAACAGCAGUUGCACACUGCAGCAGACAUAUUCCUGGAGGUGGUCCUCAAGAGACAUUUCCCAGAGUUCAUUACCACCUACCUGAAUGUGGAGCACACCUUCCUCAGCUCCCAGAAAAUAGGACCACUGGAGGCAAGCAAAUCUAAACUGUAACGGUUCAGCCAGAGAACGGCUCCAGAGUAUGUACAUUCCUGUUUAAUACUUCAGAAAAUUUAAAGAUCAAAAAUAUAUAUAAUAUCUGCAAUUCCAUUAACACUAGCUGGUACAGCUCUCUUUUGAUUAUUUGAACUGGCGUCAAGUCCAGGCUCUGUUGCAUAAACAAGGUCUCAGUUUCCUGGUUUCCUGGCAGUGACCACCAGUGAAUCACCUGGAGAUUGGAGAUGUUUUGGUAUGACGGACACUACUCAAGAGGGUCCAUAGUCAGCUCAGUACACUAAUAGUUUUAAAGAAUUUAGAGAAAUCUUAAACUGUAUGUUUGAUUCUCCGGAAACCAUUAAAG